GAGUAAACGUAUCACCGUAACCUCGUGUUUCAUGAUCUUUGGUUUCUAGAAGUUUGUUUGUGGACAAGAGUUCGAAUUGCGGUUUCUUGACGAGCGCGUGUGGUAAGGCACAAUGGCAAGUUUACCCUUUGGCAAAGAACAGCUAACACAGCUGCGUGCAUUUAUAGAUGUGUGUCGUACAAAUCCAAAAAUUAUUAAGACAGCAGAACUGUCAUUUUUCCGUGAGUACUUGGAGGAACUUGGAGCAGAAAUUCCUGAGGUUUCACCGACAAGUGGUCAUGGAGAUGGAGAAAUGCCAUCCCCAACAAAGGAGCCCAAGAAAGCUGAGCCACAGCCUGAACAGGAUGAACCCAAAGUGGAAAGUGAAGAGAGUGAUGUUGAAUUAGACAUGACAGGGGUUGUUGAACCCGAUAAAGAUGAAAGUCUUCCAAUGGGUGAGUUGGGAAAAGAUGCAUCAGAAGAAGAUAUCGAGAAAUCUAAUGAGAAGAAAAGAGAAGCCAUUAGUGCCUAUGCUGAAGGAGAAUACCAAAAAGCUGUGGACCUUUACACUGAAGCUAUUAUUCUAAAUUCUGGUUCUGCUUUGCUUUAUGCUAAACGUGGGCAGGCAUUAUUAGCUCUUGGCAAACCAAAUGCCUGUGUACGUGACUGUACCCAUGCGUUGGAAGCUAAUCCCGACUGUGCCGCUGCUCUGAAGUUCCGAGGCCGGGCACACCGUCUCCUUGGCCAUUGGGAAGAGGCUGCCAGUGACUUGCGUGAUGCUUGCAAGAUAGACUUCGAUGAACAAGCUGACGAGUGGUUGCGCGAGGUCACACCGAAUGCACGCAAGUUGGAGGAACAUCGCCGCAAGUACGAACGCAAACGUGCUGAACGUGAACUGCAAGAGCGGCUGCGACGUGCCAAGCAAGCGCGUGAGGAGCAUGCCAAAGCCUCGGCUGCAUCCCAGCAGCAACAGCAGCAGCAAGGAGGUGGUGGCGGUGGUGGCUCACCUGGAUUCGACUUCUAUUCUCUGCUUAAUGAUCCUGAUAUUGUUGAGGCUUUCAAGGAUCCUGAGUUAGCAGCAGCUUUCCGUGAUAUCUCAACCAAUCCUGCCAACAUGGUUAAGUACCAGAACAAUCCAAAGGUUGUGGCUGCCAUGGAGAAACUGACAGCCAAGUUUUCAGGUGCAGGCCUCGGAGGGAUGGGAGGCAUGCCUUUCCCCGGGGCAGGAUUCCCUCCAGGUGCCGGUCCCACACCACCCCCACCACCUUCCUCCUCUGGAGACGAUGUGGGUCUUGACUGAAAAGAUGGUGCCAAGAACACUGGGCAGCUACAUCUUUCAAAUAUGUCAAGAAAAUGGACAUUGUUGUGGUGGCUGCAUUGUUCUGUAGUUUGUAGAUGUUGAAAGUGUGUGCAUCUUAUUCAAAAUACUAUACUAUUGUUUCGUAGCCAAGACUGAUACUGCCAUUGUUUCCAGAGUGCACUGUUAUUAUAUUGGAUGAGUACUAACAUGUUUUUAAACCUUAGUAAUAGUUGCUGAGUGAGUCAACAUUCUUGUGAAUUGUGACACAUAUACAUUGUGCUACAUAAACAUAUACAUUGUGCAAUUUUUUAUUCUUCGCAUGGCAUUACUUUUUCCCUGAUUUGUUUGGACCCUAAAGACUGAAAGGCACACAGGUAGAAUUGGUCAGCUGUAGUUAUUCAGAUGUUUGGAUACCACCAGCUUUGCAGGGAGCUUUGUGUACAAAAUUCAGUGAAGUAAUGCCAAAUGCACAAUUCUUUAGUAUUGUGUGUUCCUGUGAUGAGAGAGACUUUGAAAAUGGAUCCACACAUUUCUUAAGUGAAACAGGUUUGGUCUGUUGCAAAACUAUUGCUGGUCGAAUGAUUAAUGGUAGUUAAGGGUCAGAUUUUCACCACAUUGUUUUCUUGUUUCCCUCUUUGGUCACCUAACAGUCUGAGCAAAUCUGGGAAAGGUACAUGCCGUGAAAGCCUGAGAUUGUUAUAUUUUUAAUAUUGAUAUUUUCUGCAGAAGAUAGAGAGAGAUAAAUUGCUCAAAUUAUUUUGACUCAUUCAGUCUUACAGUGAUAUGUUUCAUGUCAUUGUGUUACCAAAAUAUGAUUUCAACACAUGCAUUACCAAAAAUGAAAAAAAAAAAAGAGAUCUGAGUUUACUGUGUUCCCUAUUCAAGAUUGUGAGCCUAUGCAUUAUGGCAAAUAAAUUGAUAAAUAAUUUUUAGUAAUCGUGUUUCCAGUAAUACAUCCCUAUGCUUUUGCAUUUGUUUUAUAGCGUGUGUCAGAGCUUAUGUGUACAUGUUUAUGGUGAAAAUAUAUUUGAAAAAAUUGUACAA